AUGGCCGAUGUUUUUGAGUUCGAGCUUGAUGGACAGGAUACUAUUCCAGCUGGGGGAUCAUUCCACCAAGAGCAAUCAGAAAUUAUGGAAGACGAUCAUAUGUACAGCGAUGUCGCUGAUGGACAGAUCGGUGCCCCUCCUCCAAGUUCCUCAUAUAUCGAAGACCCAAUGGUUGAAACGAUCGAUCUCUCCGAAUGCACGGUGAACCCGCCAAACGUCAAGGUUGGACCCGGGGACUUCGAGCUCCUCAAAGUGCUCGGCAAAGGCGGCUACGGAAAAGUUUUCCAAGUUCGCAAAACUACGGGAAAGGAUUCUGGAAAGAUUUUCGCGAUGAAAGUCUUACAGAAGGCGACAAUUGUUCGAAAUCAAAAGGACACAGCUCAUACAAAAGCGGAACGCAACAUUCUCGAGGCGGUCAAAUGCCCAUUCAUCUGUGAUCUUUUGUACGCAUUCCAAACGGGAGGAAAAUUGUACUUGAUCCUCGAAUAUUUAUCGGGUGGUGAGCUUUUCAUGCACUUGGAGCGUGAAGGCAUGUUUAUGGAGGACACCGCGCGAUUCUAUCUUUCUGAAAUUGUUGUGAGCCUUGAGCAUUUACAUAAGCAAGGCAUUAUCUAUCGUGAUUUGAAACCGGAAAAUAUUCUUCUCGAUGGACGUGGACACGUCAAAUUGACUGAUUUUGGAUUAUGUAAGGAAGCUAUUGAGGGCGAUCAGAAAACACACACAUUCUGUGGAACAAUUGAAUAUAUGGCGCCAGAGAUUUUGAUGCGUUGCGGUCAUGGAAAAGCUGUUGAUUGGUGGAGUCUUGGAGCAUUGAUGUUUGAUAUGCUCACCGGUGGACCACCAUUCACGGCGGAGAAUAAGAGAAAGACAAUUGAUAAGAUUCUCAAGGGAAGACUCACAUUGCCAGCAUAUUUGUCGCCGGAAGCGCGUGAUUUAAUCAAGAAGCUGUUGAAACGGCACGUUGAUACUCGCCUUGGAGCCGGACCGACGGAUGCCGAAGAAAUCAAGAACCAUCAUUUCUUCAGCCGUCAUAAGUGGGAGGAUGUCUAUGCUAGACAACUCGACCCACCGUUCAAGCCGGAAAUAGAAAAUGAGGAGGACGUUUCGCUAUUUGACACGCGCUUCACCAAGAUGACACCGGUUGACAGCCCAUGCGAGACGAGCUUCAGCUUGACUGGAGAUAAUCCGUUUCUCGGAUUCACCUAUGUUGCACCAUCUGUUCUUGAACUUAUGAACCAGGAGAACACCAAUAAUCGCGGAAUUGCGGUCGCCUCGUCAUCGCAGGCGAAAUUCGCGCGCAGUCCAAGAAGACAUUAUCACUUGGAGGGAAAUGUUCCAUUGGGACAUGGACAAACGCAAUUGUUUGGCGGCGGUGGAACUACUGUGAACAAUUUUGGAACUGGAUUUGAGAGUAAUAAUGAGCGCUUCGGAAACUACGAUGAUGAUGCCAUGGAUACCACCACUACACCGAGAGCCAGCCAAAGCGGAAUUGGCAACGACACUCCAGUCGCUCCAGUAAAUCAUAAGCGUGCUGUCUUGUGA